AAAAAAAAAAAAAAAAAAGUUUGUAACCCCAUCAUGAACUGAUUUUUUAUUCCGUUUUAUUACAAGACGCACUCCACCGCCCAAGGAUCCUAUAAAAGACACUACUCUCUUCUUCUCCUUAAGCUCCUCUCUCUGGUCUCUCAUCUCAUCGAAGAAGCCAUGGCGGACGGACAUUCCUUCAAUAACAUCUCUCUCAGUGGCCGCGGCGGAACGAACCCAGGCCUCCUGAAAAUAAACUCAGGAGGGAUUCAAUGGAGGAAGCAAGGCGGUGGGAAAGCUGUGGAAGUCGAUGAGUCUGAUAUCGUUGGCCUCAGCUGGAUGAAGGUUCCAAGGACGAAUCAGCUUGGUGUCAAAACCAAAGAUGGGUUGUACUAUAAGUUCAUUGGCUUUCGUGAUCAGGAUGUUGCAAGUCUGACGAGCUUUUUCCAAAGUGCUUUUGGGAAAACACCUGAAGAGAAACAGCUCUCUGUCAGUGGUCGCAAUUGGGGAGAGGUGGAUUUGAAUGGGAACAAUCUAACCUUUUUGGUUGGCGGAAAGCAAGCUUUUGAAGUGUCCCUGGCUGAUGUUUCACAGACUCAGCUUCAAGGGAAAAAUGAUGUCUUGUUGGAGUUUCAUGUUGAUGAUACUGCUGGUGCCAAUGAGAAAGACUCGUUGACGGAGAUAAGUUUUCAUAUUCCCAAUUCCAACACUCAGUUUGUUGGUGAUGAAACUCGUCCGCCUGCUCAAGUUCUCCAUGACAGAAUCAUGGCUGUGGCUGAUGUUGGUGCUGGAAUUGAAGAGGCGGUCGUCACAUUUGAUGGUAUCGCAAUCCUCACACCCAGGGGUCGGUACAGUGUGGAGCUUCACCUUUCCUUCUUACGAUUGCAAGGACAAGCUAAUGACUUCAAAAUCCAAUACAGUAGUGUUGUCCGCUUGUUUUUGCUUCCAAAGUCGAACCAGCCACAUACGUUUGUUGUUAUCUCUCUAGACCCACCAAUCCGGAAAGGUCAGACGAUGUACCCCCAUAUUGUGAUGCAGUUUGAGACUGACUCCGUCGUCGAAAGCGAACUGUCAAUUAGUGAUGAUCUUUUGAAUACAAAGUUCAAGGACAAGUUGGAGCCAUCAUAUAAGGGUCUCAUUCAUGAAGUCUUCACCACAGUGUUGCGUGGGCUGUCUGGUGCAAAGAUCACCAAACCAGGGAAAUUCCGCAGUUCCCAAGAUGGGUUUGCAGUGAAAUCAUCUCUUAAGGCCGAAGAUGGUGUUCUUUAUCCACUUGAGAAGGGCUUUUUCUUUUUACCUAAACCUCCAACGCUUAUACUUCAUGAUGAGAUUGACAAUGUGGAGUUCGAAAGGCAUGUUGCUGGUGGUGCUAACAUGCAUUACUUCGAUCUUUCCAUAAGACUGAAAACUGAUCAUGAACAUCUGUUCCGGAAUAUUCAGAGGAAUGAGUAUAAUAAUCUCUACUCCUUCAUAAGCUCUAAGGGUUUGAAGAUUACAAACCUUGGAGGUGCGGGUACCGCAGAGGGUGUUGCUGCCGUUCUUCAGGAGGAUGAUGAUGCUGUUGACCCUCAUCUUGAGCGUAUCAGAAACCAAGCUGCUGAUGAGAGUGACGAGGAGGACGAAGACUUUGUUGGGGGUGAGGAUGACGACGGUGGUUCACCAACUGAUGAUUCUGGCGGAGACGACGACGACUCUGAUGCUAGUGAUGAUGGCGAAGGAGAGAAAGAGAAAUCUAUGACGAAGGAACCAAAGAAAGAGACGAAAAGCUUGCCCCCGAAGAAGAAAGCAGUAGCCACAGAGGAAGGCAGUAGCAAGAAGAGGAAGGUGAAAAGGAAGAAGGAUCCUAAUGCACCUAAGAAGGCGAUGUCUGGUUUCAUGUACUUCUCCCAAAUGGAAAGAGAUAACAUAAAGAAGACUCACCCAGGAAUAGGAUUUGGAGAUGUGGCGAAGGUGCUUGGAGAUAAGUGGCGUCAGAUGUCUGCCGAGGAAAAAGAGCCGUAUGAAGCUAAGGCACAAGUCGACAAGAAGCGAUACGAGGAUCAGAUUAGUGAUUACAAGAACCCUCAGCCAAUGCUUGUUGACUCGGAAAACGAGUCCGACAGUAACUAAACUCUGAUAGUAGUACCCCAAAGACUAGCAUCUGAGAUUUUACAUGUUAUUUUGUCUACUGCUUCAUCUUUAGUUCGGGUGUUUUUCUCAAUGUAGUGAAUCUUACAAGCUCUUUAGUAUCGUACUUUAGCUUGCUGAAGUUCACAAAGAUCCAUGAGUUUUUGCUCUUUAGGACAA